CGAAAUGCGUGACGUCAUAUUCAAGCGACUUGUCAUGCCUUGCUCAAUUUGACAUUCCGAAAAUAAAGGAUGACUGUGUAAACUAUCUUUCAAUAAAUAUUCAACGCGCGAAGGAUGUGAUAAAACAACAUGCUUAUCUAAAGUUUGGAACUGCAAACAAAGAGGUUCAACUAUAAAGAUGUGGCCAAAGCUUACCAGGUCGGUGACCGUUGUGACUCUACGGAUAUGUCGCCAAAGCAACCUAGCAACACUGAGGCCUCACAUCAGAAGCAUCUCUCAUGGUUCAUCCUCCCUGGACAGCAGAACUCAAACCAUCCAGCCUCUCUGCAGCAGGUCUUUCCAUCCCUCCAUCACACCGGCCAUGGGCCUUCAGCCCAGAAGAACUAUAACCACAGAGCGGUCGAGCUGGUAUGAGAGCAUUGCAGACUCCACGCCCGUAUACCUCGCGGAGCAGCUCCUCGUGUCCACUCAACAGAUGACGGGACUGCCGUGGUGGGCCAGCAUCGUGUGCACUACACUGACACUGCGCACCGCUAUCACUCUCCCCCUGGGAAUCUAUCAGUCGAUCAUCAUUGCAAAGGUCGAAGCUCUGCAGAAGGAGAUAUCUGUGUUAGCCCACCAGUUACGCUUUGAGAUCUCUGUGAAAGCCAAAGAGAAGGGCUGGUCAGAGAAAGCAUGCAGGUUUCAUUUUAAGAAGAAUCUGAAGCGAAUCGUGUCUGAGCUUUAUGUUCGAGAUAACUGCCACCCAUUCAAGGCCAGUUUGCUGAUCUGGGUCCAGCUGCCCAUGUGGGUGUGUCUGUCUCUGGCCCUGCGUAAUCUCAGCCUGGGAAUGGGACAUGUUCCCCUGGCAUCAGAAGCCGGUUUAGCAACAGGGGGCGCUCUUUGGUUCCCAGACCUCACUCUCCCAGACUCUACCUGGAUCAUUCCCGUUUCUCUUGGCCUCAUCAACUUGCUCAUCACAGAGAUUUUUGCCCUGAGACAACUAGAGGCUUCAAAGUUCCAGAAGUAUGUGACACACUUCAUCAGAGGAAUAUCUCUGGUGAUGAUUCCCAUAGCCGCCACAGUCCCGUCAUCCAUGUCUCUGUACUGGCUCGGCUCCAGUUGUGUUGGACUGGCACAUAACCUGCUCAUGAGAUCCCCUCGCUUCCGGGGCGUCUGUCGGAUUCCUCCAACACGGUUGGACUCAGAAACUCCAUACAAAGACAUUGCAGCUGCCUUUGUAGCAAAAUACAUCAAAUAGAUGGAUCCUGGACAUUGCAGAUUAUUAGUGCAUCAGCUUCUGAAAAUGUGGAACCAAACAUGUGGAUGUGUGCAAACCGGUAGAUUCAUACUCUAUGACAAAAAAAAAAAAAAAUCUGCCUUUCAGCCAGGAAUCUCAGUAUGAAGACAGGACAUGUUUAUGAACAAAUGCAUUUGGAAAGAGACUCCAAUAAAAAACAAUUUUAAGAUGAUAUUAAAAAAUAAAAAUUAUUUG